AUGGAAUCCGCCGCUCAGGGACGCGUCCCUUACUUGUCCACUUACCGCAGUUCUGUGGUGUUCAUCAUCGUCACAGUUGCAUUCGCGGAUGUCUUCCUCUACGGUGUAAUCGUACCGGUCCUUCCAUUCGCACUGACCUACCGCGUCGCGAUCGGCGAAGGCGAAGUGCAGUUCUGGGUCUCGAUUCUCCUCGCAGUGUAUGGAGCCGCUCUUCUGAUCUCUUCGCGUAAGAUUCCCCUCGAGUAA